GGAAGUGACAUCAAUAUGACAAUGGGCAGUGCAUGCUACACAAGGCAGCAGAUGGAAAAGUGAAAUCAGGAGGUGCAGCUGACAACGGGGAGAAAUGAGAAUAGAUGACUUUUGUAGUGAAGAAAGUGACAUGGAGUUGUAAGGUGGAAAUGAAAGGAAAGGAAGUGCCAGAGAAGCUUCAAUUCAUGUACUUCAAAGAUGAGAAGCACUUAGUACAGUGCCUCGAACACAGCAAGCACUUAAUAAACCCUUACCGACCGAUUGCUUGGAAGUAUGAAAAAUUCCACUCCCUGGGAUGGAAUUAUCUGCCUACCUUAGGGCUCUGUUAUCCCCAGAGUCAGGAAGGUACGAGCUGAACUUCAAAGUGAACUUCCCCCCCCUCCCCCCCGCUGCUGCGGCUGCAUGACAAGCUCCCUGGGAAGCCCGACACCACGUGGGGCCUCCUCGAUCCGUGUAAAGGGCUCCCGACUCCGCACUACUCCUCUGACAGGGAACGGGAAACUAGGGGCUCCUUGCCCUUCGCGGCGCCCCGACCCAUGCCACCUGUGCGGCCCGCAGCCCGCCCGGCCCGGAAUGAUGCGAGGCUCCCCAGACCAGCAAACUUGGCGGUCGGUCCAAGGGGAGGAGAGUGGGAGAGGAAACGAUAGAAAGAAAGGAGGAGAAGCUCCGGAUCCGGGCCGGAUGGGACCUGUCCACCCACGCCCCUUCCCCUCCCUCCGCAGGGGCUCACCGGAUGAGGGCCCGAGGCUGGGAGCGGCUCGGGAGGGCGGGACGCAGGCGGGAGCCCCCACGCCCGCCUCGCUCGCGACCUCUCACCUCCAGCCUAACCUCUGACCUCCCCGCCACCCCCCCACCAGUCCUCCCCGGUCCCGGUCAGACCUGCCCGCCCCGCACCUGUCACUCAGCAAAGACACCGGCCCCGGCGCUUCCCGCCCGGUUCCCCUCCGGCGUCCCCCAGGCAGCCGCGGGCGCCCUCAGUCCCCGCCCCGCC